UGUCCUCUCUAAUCCCCCAGUGUUCUGGCGCGUGCCCACAAUGCCCCCAGACCCUCCGCUCGCCCGUGCGCCCAGGUCGUCGGGUUUUAGACCCAGAGAGCACGUUCCGUAAGCUCCCGGCCCAAAUCCCCUCGGAAAAAUUAAUCACAACGACCAGCGGAUGCAAAAUGUGUGCCUGUGUUGAGUCUGUCUUUUAAUCCCGAACGUAAUUCUAAAAAGCAGCAUCAGACAAGAGCUUUAUUAAUCCCUUACACGAGCAAAUGCGAUCUCUGACCUACUAGACUUGUUUUCCUGCAAUUUCACAGAGUUAGCCUCGCUAGAGGAAUGUGCAAGGACAGAAGGGAAACUGAGGAGACCCGCGGCUCAUUAGCGAAAUAAUAGGGUGCACUUCAAUACAAAUGCGGUCCUGAAGUGGAGUGGACUCACCGGCAAGGAGCCCGGAAAGUCGACAGGGGCGGCGGCAAAAUACUAUCAAAUCAGCCUGGGAGGCAGCUUUUCACUCGCAAGUUCAAGAGAACACAUAUGUUGCAAUCCUUGCCUAUUCUUGCCUCCACUUCAUAAUGUAAGUCCAGAAGUGUUUAUAGUAGUCAUGAUGUUGCUGCAUUUGUGACAUGUUGAUCUUUGAUUUUUUUUUUAGGAGACCACGUUUCCAAGUAUUAGCAGUGAGGAAAGACUGACAUUGGUAGCUUUCAAGUGUUUGUGAAAAUCUUCUGAGAACUAACAGCUUUUCAUAUAAUGUUUUGGGAGACAUCUCCCAUUAAUGCUAAAUUAAUAUCCCUGGAUUAAAUCAUAGAACACCUGGGAUUAAUUGAACUGAAAUAAUACAGUUUUCACUCAGAGUUCAGUUGGCAAUAUGAGCAAGGGAGCAGUUCGGGAGGAUAAUUUGUGAAGAAAUUGAACCAUAUUUCCAAGACUUUUUAAUACAAUGUGAAUCAUCACUAUUGUGGCUCCUAACUGGUAUAUACUUCUCAAAUCCUCUCUGUCUCUCUCUUUCUUCCUUUCUUUUUACUUUGUCUUGCUUCUCUCUUCCUUGAGAAAAUGAAACAUCUCUCUCUUUGGGCCUCAGGAAAGUGUACCAUGGGUUUAUUCCAAGUACUGGACAUUUGUGUCCCCUGCCUAGACCCCUUUCCCAGAAGAGCCAUGCUGUCUGCUGCUUUUUCCCCAGCAGCCCAAAUUCUCACAGUCCGUGCCUCAGAAAGCUAACUGGGAUUAGAUGCCAAGAAGUGUAUUCUGCCCAGGAUAUAUAUGCUAUGUGUCUAUCAUUGCCUGUUUAUUUAACUCAGGAAUUACAAUCCACCUAAAACAGAGAGGAAAAGGGUGGCACAGAGUUACUGAAUCUUGGGAUGAUGUCCAUUCUUCUGGUUGUGUGAAGAAAUUUGAUGUAGAGCCUCUCAAUGUUGUCACAUUCCCAAGGCCUAGAGUUAGACUUCUCAAAUUCUCAUUUGAGACUGCUGGACACCAAUUUGAGACUGCUAGACAUCCCCUGAUCCCCAGUCUGCCUAAAAAGCCUGACCCAGAGGGUAAGGAGGUUCAGAGUGACUGAUGGAGACGUGGCUACAACCAACCAACCCCCCUCACACUGAGAUGCAUUCAAAGGGUGUGGUGUCUGAGUCUAGGAAGGACUUUGGAACCUAUGGAUUUGACAAAAAUCCAGGUCUUUUCUUGCCAGAUCGUUAUACACUCAUCUUGGGAGAAGUAUAGAAGUUGGGAGAAUCCAGGGGGUCAAAAUAGUGGAUAUUGGAUUUGGUUCAGAGGUCACACUCACACAGAUGAGUAUGAGGCACUUAUUUCAUACCUCUUGGUAGUUUUGCACAAUGUCACUUCAGUUUGCUAGCCCAUCUAAAAGUCAUAGUCAGAGGCCAUUAAGCCAGUUGACUACAACCCAGAUCCAGGAGAGGAAGAGAGUAACAUAUAGCUUUCAAAGACUAUCCCAUUCUCAGCUGAACUCCAACAGAAGUGUAAGUAAAACUUGGGAACACUCAGAGAGAAAGUUUUAAACUUGAGAAAGGUAGAUUAUCAUUGUAAUGAUAAUGGUGGUAAUAGUAGCUACAGGAGCAGCAGGAUUUAAAGCUGGACCAUUUAUGAGAAAAAGCCCAAGAGAGAAAAGUGUGAGUCAGGAGUAAUGAUCCCUACAGUUGGGAUCCUGAAGUCCUUCCUCACAGGCUACAAAAUUACCCAACUCUAAGUCUCUGGCUUUCCCAGGGUCAGCCUGGAAAACAUUUGCUUAUGUAAUACUCAGUGAGCCAACUACAAUACUUAGUGUGAGGAACAGACCCAAACUGAGUUUGCAGUGUAUACUUAUAAAAAACAAGUACCCCUCCCCACACCCCACUCCUUCACAUCAUUGUUUAUCCAACUCAGAAGCAUGCCUCUUCUCACCAAGAUGUAAAACAAACAAACAAACCAACCAACCCCUCUGGGUCUUUUUAAAAAACCCACCAUGUAUCAUUCUCUUGAUAAAGGCAAAGUGGUAGAAAAUGAGUUAACAACCCUCUGAACAACAUUUUUUGCACAGGCCUGGUGUUUUUCUUAAUUGACCAGCCCAUCAUUUCUGUUUCUCUUUCAUGUACAAGUAGUCAAUAAGGUUUAUCCCCUAAAAAGUUCCUUAUUUUGAAUGGUGAGGCUAGGUAAUGCAAUUCUCCUCCUUGAAGAUCUAUUCUCUGCCUCCCUCAACCCUCACAGCCCCUUCCAGAGACCUCCCUGUGGGAAAUUAAUAAGCUUAGGAAGGAGCUGCCACUGUCUGCUCCAUUGGCAUCCUCUUAUCUUCCAGUGUGUGGGGUUUUUUCCCCCCUUUCACCAUGAAUUGCCAUACUCUUUUGACAAUCAAGCCUUUGUUGGCGUAGUGCUUUGGCAAUAGAGUUAGAGGUGAGUAAGCCAGAACCUAGAAAGAUAUAGAAAAAGAAAAUCAGUGUGUUUUCAUUCUCAUAGGAUAAUAAUCUUUGUGUGAAUUAUUCUUGGAGAUGUUACCUGCGUCUUACCAAAGAAGUUGAAAUAUUUUGGGCUCCAUUUUUCAACCCUGGGAAGAAAAAGGGUAUUCCCAUUCUAAUACUCACUAAGAAUUAAAAUUCCCUUUCUUACCCUUCCUCCACCCUCUCACUUUGGUCAUAAAAGGCACCUCGGGUAUCAUUUCAACCUCUCUCCAGCCCACUCUUCCAAAAUAACACUACAGUUUCCUACAUGUGUAUUUUUGCCAGGACUCCAAAGAGCCUUGCUAAAGUGGAACAAGGUGAGCAUGCCCACUCUUCAUUGCCAUUCUUCUAAUUACUUAACUGGAAAUAAAAUCCUAGGGAAGAGAGCUCCAAAUAUAUGCAUAAACCCAUUGUUCCAUGUGAAUUACAUAAAACUGUUGACUAGGUACAUUUUUAUAGUACUGUCUGAGGCUGAAUAAAUGCCUCAACCCUUCAUUUAGUAUCAGUGAAUUCCAGUAAGUGUUAAUGCAGAGUGAUUUCAAAGUAGUUUAUGUACCAUUUUAGCCCAUAAAUUUCUACAGGAAUAAAAAUAAUUUGUAGAUUUUCUUUAUCCCCUAUUAAUGAUUGUCAUUUAGGACAUUUAUAUUACCAAGCAAAAUGUGUACCACUUAAAUUACUAGAAAACUCUCCAAGUAAGAACUUUGAUUUAAUCUUACUUAUAUUGUUUUGUUAUGUCAGUUAUUUAACUCAUAAUAAGAAGGGUAGGUCAGAUUCAUAAAAUGUGAGAAAUUCUUAUAUUUAAGGAUCUUUAUCUGAAAGCAGUAGGAAAAACAUUAAUUAGAGGUUAAAAAAGUAAAACUGAAAUGAAGCAUCUGUUGGCCAGUUUCUCAAUAAAUCACUCCCUUCUCAGAUGUAUAAAAUCGUCGCUGUUUUCUAGCUUGAGACUUAAAAAGGUCAAGCUGUUCCACCUUGAACUUAAGUAUCAAAAACAUUAUUUUAUACAAACUGGAGUCAAGGUUUUAGUACCUCAAAAGAAACAUAGUUUAAAUGGUCUCUAUAUCUAAUAAGAGAAAGGCCAGGCACAAGAAAAAUGCCUUCCAUUUAGAGUUUAUUUUCUAAAUGUCCACAUUCUGGAGUAGAGGCUUAUAUAUUUACAAUAUGUAAGGUAAUUUUUUAAUGCUUUGCAUGGACAGAUGACUUUUCCUGAAAGAUAAACUUCCAAUGCUCUAAAUAACAGCAAAAGAAAGCACUAAGGAGUGUUCUGUUCAACAGAUUAAUGAAAUUAUGUUCUUAAACACCAUUCCUCACGCACCAUAUUGCAUUUAUCAGUCUGUAGUUUCUAAGGGACCACAUGACUCUCUUAUGGCUACUUUUCUUUAUUAACUGGAAGUUGUUUGCAACCAUGCCUCUUCUGCCCUUUACUUUUCUUAUUUCUUCUACUCGGAAUUAACUUACGUUUCUGGCCACUAUUCUUCAAACCUGAGGUUUAUUUUCCAGAUGUUUGAGACAUUAUUUUCACAUUUCUAAUUCUUCCAUUCUUUAAAGAAGUAUUAGGGGACAAUGUGUGCAUGCUUUUGUGUGUGUGUGUGUGUGUGUGUAUGUGUGUGGAGAGAGAGAGAAAGAAGUGAAUCUAGUAUUCAGUGGAGCAAUCAGUUAUAAGACAAUUGGUAGCUCAGUACAGCUGCAGAUUCUUAUAUACAGACAUGUGAGAGAGCCCUCGUUGCACUAAGCCUUGAUCAUUAGGAGUCACCCUUAGCUGAAGUACAUAAAAUUGCACAUAGCCAAAGUAUGUAAAACUGCACUUCAAGAAGCUUUCUUUGAAAAGUCAGUAGCUAACCUGAAAACUAAGGAAUUCCCCACUUUCUCUCAAAAUAUGGGGAUUUGACAGCCCUUCCUUCUGUGAAUUUCAGCUUAGUUCUAGGCAGCAGUUCAGAACUUGCAUGGGGUACUGACCGGAAGAGAGAAGGAAACACACACACACACACACACACACACACACACAGAGAGAGAGAGAGAGAGAGAGAGAGAGAGAGAGAGACGGAGAACAAGGAAGAAAAUGAACUUCAUGGGAAAGUCCUUGCACUUGUUUCUCCUCAGGAAAAUCCUCCCCUGGCCUCUUGGGACUGCAGUCACUGGGCUGUCCAAGCCUCUAUACUCCACUGAGUUCCAGAGAAGGGUCUCAAAGCUGGGAGAGGAUCAAACUAACAUGGAAAAGCCUAAAAGACGGCAACACCAACACCUCUUGACAUGGAAAUACACUGAUACAAUAGGCAAAAAGAAACACUCGAUUGCAUCUUCCGGGUUCCAGGUGGCCUUAUUUGGUAGAGUCUAUACUGACCUUAUUCCUGUGAUGGAGGAUACAGGCAUCCAGCGAGGCAUCUGGGAUGGAGAUGCCAAGGCUGUCCAACAAUGUCUGACAGAUAUUUUUACCAGCGUUUACACCACCUGCGACAUCCCUGAGAAUGCUAUAUUUGGUCCCUGUGUCCUGAGCCAUACUUCCCUAUAUGACAGCAUAGCUUUCAUAGCUCUCAAGUCUACUGACAAGAGAACAGUACCUUAUAUCUUUCGGGUAGACACCUCAGCAGCAAAUGGUUCCUCAGAAGGUCUCAUGUGGCUGCGGUUGGUCCAGUCGGCCAGAGAUAAGGAAGAGCAGAACCUUGAAGCCUAUAUAAAAAACGGACAGCUGUUUUACCGCUCUCUUCGCAGGAUUGCCAAAGACGAGGAGUUACUAGUUUGGUACGGGAAAGAACUGACUGAGUUACUCUUGCUCUGCCCCUCUAGAUCCCACAACAAAAUGAAUGCAGGGUCGUCCCCUUACACAUGCCUGGAAUGCAGCCAACGUUUCCAGUUUGAGUACCCCUAUGUGGCGCAUCUGCGUUUCCGCUGCCCCAAGAGACUUCACAGCGCUGAUAUAAGCCCCCAAGACGAGCAAGGCGGCGGCGUGGGCACCAAGGACCACGGGGGCGGCGGCGGCGGCGGCGGCGGUGGCAAAGACCAGCAGCAGCAGCAGGAGGCACCUUUAGGCCCGGGUCCCAAGUUUUGCAAAGCCGGUCCCCUCCACCACUACCCAGCCCCCUCCCCCGAAAGCAGCAACCCACCCGCUGCCGCCGGCGGCAGCAGCGCGAAACCAUCCACAGACUUCCACAACCUGGCCAGGGAGCUGGAAAACUCCCGGGGAGGCAGCAGCUGCUCCCCAGCCCAGAGCCUCAGCAGUGGUAGCGGCAGCGGCGGCGGCGGCGGCCACCAGGAGGCGGAGCUGAGUCCCGACGGCAUCGCCACGGGCGGGGGCAAAGGAAAGAGGAAAUUCCCGGAGGAGGCGGCGGAGGGCGGCGGUGGCGCGGGUCUGGUAGGCAGCCGGGGCCGCUUCGCAGAGCGGCCCCUCCCGGCCUCCAAGGAGGAUCUGGUGUGCACACCGCAGCAGUACCGAGCCUCGGGCAGCUACUUCGGCCUGGAAGAGAACGGCCGCCUCUUCGCGCCGCCCAGUCCCGAGACGGGCGAGGCGAAGCGCAGCGCCUUCGUGGAGGUGAAGAAGGCGACCCGCGCGGCCGGCCUGCAGGAGGAGGGGACCGCCGACGGCGGGGGCGUCGCCUCCGAGGACCAGGACGCUGGCGGCGGCGGCUCCUCCACACCCGCGGCCGCGUCGCCGGUAGGCGCCGAGAAGCUGCUGGCCCCGCGGCCCGGGGGCCCGCUGCCCAGCCGGCUCGAGGGCGGCAGUCCUGCGAGGGGCAGCGCCUUCACUUCGGUGCCGCAGCUGGGCAGCGCGGGCAGCACCGGCGGUGGGGGCGGCACGGGCGCCGGGGCCGCAGGCGGCGCGGGCGGGGGCCAGGGCGCCGCGUCGGACGAGCGCAAAAGCGCCUUCUCACAGCCAGCACGCUCCUUCUCGCAGCUGUCCCCGUUGGUGCUGGGCCAGAAGCUGGGCGCGCUCGAGCCAUGCCACCCCGCCGACGGCGUGGGCCCCACCAGACUCUACCCCGCCGCCGCGGACCCUCUAGCGGUGAAGCUCCAGGGGGCCGCGGACCUGAACGGAGGUUGCGGGUCCCUGCCUAGCGGCGGCGGGGGCCUACCUAAGCAGAACCCCUUCCUGUACGCCACCGCGUUCUGGCCCAAGAGUUCCGCUGCCGCUGCAGCCGCAGCUGCUGCGGCGGCCGCGGGGCCUUUGCAGCUGCAGCUGCCCUCGGCGCUCACGCUGCUGCCGCCCUCCUUCACCUCGCUGUGUCUGCCCGCGCAGAACUGGUGUGCCAAGUGCAACGCCUCCUUCCGCAUGACCUCCGACCUGGUGUACCACAUGAGGUCGCACCACAAAAAGGAGUAUGCGAUGGAGCCCUUGGUAAAGCGUCGGCGAGAGGAGAAACUCAAGUGCCCCAUCUGCAAUGAGUCCUUCAGGGAGCGCCACCACCUCUCCAGGCACAUGACCUCGCAUAAUUGACUCGGAAAGGACCCCAGCUUUCCGCGCGCGCGCACGCACAGUCAAGCCACCUGCAGGAAUAAACACGCGAGAACAUCCACCGCUUCCUUGCACCCCGAAACACUGCACAAAGACACAUACAUUCACCACUCCCCCCCAACGCGCACACACGUCCUCCCCUUCCGGGAACUUCAUUCAACUAUUUACCCGGGACACACACACCCACCCACACACACACAGACACACACAAACAAGAGCCAGGAUGGUGGAUUUUUGAUUGGGUGGGUUGUUUGAGGGGGUUUUCUUUUGAAUGCACGCAUUUUCACUUUCCCCAAAACAAAGGUACAUUUUUAAAAAUGUCAUAUAUUGCAACAUAUUGAUGCAUUUGUCAUACGUUUCUACUUAAAUUAUUAAGCACUUACGAUUUAGAUGUAAUAAUUAUAUGUAAGGGCAAAAUUUAUUUUAGAUAUAAAGUAAAGGAGGAGGGCGAGAUGCUUUCUGCAUUUCUUGAUGAUAGUUUGUGUUCUUACAAAAAUAAACAAAAUGAAUAAAAAGGGGUCGCCAUUCAAUUUGAGUUUCCAGGGGGAAGUGCAUGUAUAAUGAAAUGGUUAUGGACUUCAAUGAAGAAUGUCAUCGAUUAUGUAAAUAUGUAUUUCCUUUUAAUACAAAGUGUAAUUUUGUGCCAGUGAAAUGGAGUCUGAAUAGUUAUGUGUUUCUUUUAUCCCUGGAAAUAUUUAUUAAACUUUAUAGUUUAUCGGAG